AUGCCGAAGCGCAAAUAUGAAAAAGAUACAGCGGAAUUCGCUAAUGCAUCCAAACGAAGACGACUUCAACGUAGGCCUUCUAGUAGAUUUUCAGUCGACCUCGAUGCAUCCCCGCAACAAUCAGAACCAGAGCAAUAUCAUUCAGCUAUGGAAGGCCAAGCUGCGGAGAAUACAAAUGUAGCUUUGGGCACUCCCAACUCUAGGCGAAGUCGUUUUGGCAUUAUAACGAGGUCGGAAAUCAGUUCUUGUCCUUCUGAACAGACUCAAGUUGUAAAUAACGAUCUAGAAAAGGAAUCAACUAUACAUGUUCCAGAGAUAAUAGUCAUUUCUUCCGACUCUGAAGUGAAUGGACCUCCCGUCUCUAGUAGAACUCGAAGUCGAGUGCGCCGAGCUAGAAGGAGAAGAGCAUCACGUGUUCCUCAGGAUACCGAAACAACACCAGAAGCCCCACAAAGGAGUCAGGGUAGCCUAAUGGAGAACACUUUGCCUCCAGAGGCCAACCAAGAGUCAUCGGUUUUGAACUCUCAACUGCAAUCGGAUUCCAUGGCGCCUGAAGUUUUAAGGUUAAGUGAACCAUUAAUGGAGCCACCACAAACACAGGAGAGUGAAUCUACGAUUCCAUGUGUAGGAAUGACAUCACCAGUACUUCCAGAACAAAGUGAAAUGAUCCCAGGGAGUUCAAGAGAUCGUCAAAAUCUGAUUGAAUCCGAAGUUACUCCGACGGCUUCAAAUCCAGGCCCAUCAAUUCGCAAAAGGAAAGCUCGAAAGCGUGCUCCACUUUCACCCCUUUCGUUACAACGAGCAGCUCUGGCUCAGUUAGCGAAAAAAACUUCAUGUAAACGUUUGUUAGAACUGUUAGAACAAUUUAAUGCCUCUUGGAACGCAGCACGAGAAAUCUCGGGAAAUAUGGAAAAUGGAGAAGGUGUACCGGGCUGCGAUCUUACGGGAAAAUCGAGAUUAGAAAUUGUGGAUAUGUUUGCAAACAUAGUAUUUACAAUUUUUAUGGCUUCGUCCGCAAUAUAUACUGAUCUGGAGGCAGGAUCUAAUCCAUUGCGCACUUAUAGAUCAGAAAUAUUAGACUUAUUAGAAAAUAUCGUGAAAUUCCCAUUCGCUCCCUUUACAGAUGGAUGCAGCAAUAAACUUUGGGACGCACUAGAGAAACUUCAUGAAAUUCUUCUAAAGGAAUCAAGUACUUUAUAUGAUAUGGUGGAUAAUAACAUUGCAUACGAGGAAGAGCGUAUUAAGUGCUCCCGAUGCCGUAGAGAGUGGCAUAAGUAUUGCGCGUUGCAUGUGAAGGAAUUUGAAAAAACUGCUUUCAUCUGCCCCCCGUGUCGACAAAAGUUGGGAAUUUGCACUACCCCAAAUCUCUACGACAGUGCCAGGUGGCCAAAGUGUGAGUUGAGCCAAUUUAUUGAGCGCAAGGUGAACGAAUUCUUAGAAAGCAAAGAAGUGCCUUAUAGUGAAGUGAUUAUUCGAGUUCUCUCUGACUCUACCUCAAAAUACGAACUCAACGCGAAUGCAAACCUGAAGUUUUAUGAAACUGCAAGGAGUUUUAACUAUCGCGAGAAGGGUAUCUUCGCCUUUCAAAAAUGUUCUGACAGUAACUAUGUGUGCUUUUUCGGAUUCUAUGUUCAAGAAUAUGGACAGGACUCCGCGGAGCCGAAUCGAGAUCGAGUCUACCUUUCAUACUUGGAUAGUGUUCCCUACUUUAAACCCAAGAACUUGCGAACCGGUGUCUACCAUGAAAUUCUAUGUGCUUACAUGGAAUAUGUCAAAAUGCUGAAUUUUAAAGCCGUUCACUUGUGGGCUAGCCCCCCAGUAGAUGAUAUUGAGUACAUUUUUAAUAAUCAUCCCCCCAGUCAACGAAUGCCUAAUGUUGCAAGACUGGUGCAAUGGUACAAAAGCAUGGUGGAUCAAGCUAUAGAGCGCGGCAUCGUUUUAAGAGAUUAUACCCUCAAAGAGUAUGUGACGAAAUAUUGUAAUAUGCCCCCAACUUGUCUCCCUUACUUCAAAGGUGAUCACUGGCCAAAUAGGGUGGUUGAGAUUAUGAAGGUAAGCACCUUAACACCGUUGCUGUGGUAA